AUGGUACGCCAGCCGAUGGAACCCCACCAAGUACCGCGAUCUUCAGAUCACUUCAGUCCGGAAGGGAUUUCGCGCGACAAGCUCGCUGAAGAGUUUAAGUCUCUGUUGCGAUCUGGACCCGGCACUGAAACCAAUUCUGCGAUAUACCAGACAACCUGCCAGCCUCUUCUCGCCAAGCCGGUCGAGAAGCGUCCAAAGCGGAGUGUGACCGGCCGACUAUUAUUCCAGACAUGUGGGGGUUCCGAAAUGAACUUCCGAAAUGGUCUGAACUCGACCGAACGCGCCAUACUCAUGGAGGACCUGCGCCAGCAUCGAGCCUUCUACCUUGUCAGGUCCAGGCUCAAGGCUCCUCGCCUGAUAUCUCCAAAGGGGUUCGGUAUUAUGCGUCCAGAGCUGGAUCCGCAGUAUCGCCGCCAGUGGGAGGCGGUUGUAGCGUCCGAGAAGAUCUGGGAGGCGUAUACAGCUGCUCAGAAGAUUGACACCGGGAUGAAACGCUGCACACCACAGCUAGCAUUAUCGGAGAAUCCCAGGCUCAAGCGUUCCGAGCUCUCAUUGUGCACAAGCGUCAACAAGAACUACGAGUUCUACAAGGGACCCAAGGACACAGCCUACGGUGCAGCCUGGGAAUCCAUGCCCUUCGCCCGUUGGGAACAUCACUGUGAGUACAGUGUGUGGCCAUGCUGGGAGAACCAAUGCGACUGCGACUCGUUCGAAAACUGGCUAGAGGAGACGGUGUUCACAGGAGCCGUCGAUAUCAACCAUGAGGCUUUCUUCGAUGGUACUGCGAGCAAUGACGGGGAAGGCCAAAUGAUGACGGAAAAUUACUACUUCCCGACCCUGCGUGACUCACUGGAUGAAUGUACUCGUCUCCACUGGCAUAAGUAUGCCGCGGGCCUAAUGUAUAACUACAUACAGGAGAAGGUGCCCAAGGAGCAGAGACGGUUUUAG